UAUAGCUGAACAACUCCAAACCGAUUCGAGUUCGGGACGGUCGUCUAAUUCUAAACCAUGUAUCCUAGAUAUUGAAACAACUUCUAAUACGGCUUCACCUAGUAUGAAAUCUAAACUCCUUCUGGAGCUCGUAAAUCUCUUCAAUGUCAGCGGGAAAAGGAUCAAAUUUGCAGAUGAGUUUAAGACGUAUUGCACCUACAUGUAUAUUUUAGCAGGACCGAAGGCUUAUAUUUAAUACGCUUAAAUCAACAUUGCCGUUAAUUUCGUUGAGAACUGCACAAAAACAUCUACACAAAACUAUUGAUCGAGUUAAAGAAGGGGAAUUGCGAGUUGAGCAGCUGAAGAAAUUUUUGGAACUCACGGAUUCUCCACCUGUUGUUUGGCUAUCCGAGGAUGCAACGAGGAUAGUUUCUAAGUUACAAAUCGAUCCUGCUUCGGAAAUAUAAUUGGAACUCUUCUGCCGAAAGAUGAUGAGACAGGAAUGCCUGUAUUAUUACAGAGAGACCUUGAAAGUGUUUCACAGAUGAAAAAAGAAUUGAACUCCUCCACACUGACCAUCAACGCCGUAGUCACUAUAGCUAGACCCUUGAAAAAAGGUGCCCCACCUUUCUGUUUGAUGGUUGUGGGAUGUGAUAAUAAGUUUACUGCAGCACCAGUAACCAAACGACGCAUAUUCGUAAUAGAGAAACUAAAUUCUGUUGGUAUAUUAGUUUCAGGAAGCUCUUCAGAUGGCGAUUCACGAUAUACAUGUUCUCAAAAACAAUUCUGUGGAAUGUACAAAAAUGUGCAACUAACGAAUGUACCAGCAGACUGGAUCCAUUGGUUCAAUGCUCCAUUUGAGAAUGAUUACGGUCACCACUGCAUUCAAGACACUGUGCAUAUCAUGGGCAAGAUGCGAAACCAUUUGUUCAACUCAGGAAGUGGUAUAAGAAUAGGAAAUUUCAUCGCAUCUAAAGCACACCUAAGGAUCGUUGUUCAGAAUAUGCCACGCACAAUACAUAAAUUGAAUGUUGGAGACAUUUUGUCGAAUGACAAAAUGAAUUAUUCUUCUAUUACAAAGCUACUAAACCCAAAAAUUGAGGAAUGGGUUCUAACAAAUAUUCCUGGAGGUAGUGGAACUGUGAUGUAUCUUAAAAUAAUGCGAUAUGUGAAUGAAGCUUUCAUAGACUCAUCGCUCAGUCCUCUAUGUCGUAUUUAUAGGAUGGCGUUUGCUGUAAUGGCUCUCCGUAUCUGGAAGACUUGUUGUAGGAAAAACAGGAGCUGCUUUAUGAUAACGGCAAAUAUCUACGCGUGCAUUGAAAUGAAUUUCCAUGAAUUGAUCAAACUCAUCAAUUUCUUCAGAGAAAAAUCAAUGGAUGAAUACUUUUUGCCAACAUUAUUCGGCAGUCAAGAUUGUGAAGAAUUUUUUCGCCAUUUGAGAUCAUUGACUACUUUGUGUUCAACAAUUGUUAAUUUUUCAAUGCUGGACUUAUUGCAUAGAGUUCAUAGAGUAGACUUUAUGAACUAUGCAGAAAAUAUACUGCAAUGUUAUGGAGUCAAUUCGAAGAAGAGUUCCAAAACCUGCCAGACAUUUCAACUUCCGGGCCUAGAGGAAAUCGAACAAACUGUUCUGGAUGCCCAAGUUGACGCUGAAAAUGAAAUGUUGCACCUGGGUCUUCAGGCUGUGCAUCCUAUCUCAGCCUCGAUCUCAGCAUUAUUUCCUGAAAUAAGGUCUGAAAUUCCUUUUGAAACACCCAUCACGAACGAAGAACGGAAUGAUGAUGAAGUCAAUACAUAUGCUGAUGCAGAUGUUGACUUGGAUGAUGAGCACAACUAUUUGGAUCUCGAUUUGGAUCAUUUGGAUAUAACUGUGGCUUCAAACGGUGAUUCCAGCAUGCAUGCCGAGAUGUAUGUACCUUUGGAUGUUGAAGAUGAAUUGCGGCUUAUGCUAGGAGAAAGCGCUAACAACAUUGAAAUUAAACAUCUCAUCAAGGAAAAUGUAUCAAUAAAAUCAUCACGACUGUACUUCAAAAUGCAGAAUUCAGAUGGAAAAGAAGUUUUUGUGAAAAAGUCAACUGUCGUUUGGUUGUUUAACAAUGUUAAGGAUACCGUUAGUUCAGAUCGCCUAUACCGUUUUGUUAGGAAUAAUGAUAGGAGAGUUGAUCCUAUUUUAGCCCAGUCUGCAGGAACGCAUGAUGAAAUUCAUAUUGGAGAUCGGUGUGAGUUUAAAUAUAGGGCACAUGGAAGAACACGAGUCGUGUAUGGUAAUGUGGUAGGAUUUGAAUACAUCAACGGUAGAUCGAAGAACUACACGCUGCACUGCGCUCCAGUAAAACCACCCAGUGGCAUUGUGCCAAGAGGAAUUUUUGUGUAUGCUAACUGGUUUGAACGAUGUGGCAAUGUAGCGAACAAAAUUCAACUUACUAACAUUGUAAAUGAUGGUCGGAUUGAUAUAGAUUUGUACAAAACACAUAUCCAAUCUCCAACAUUUAUAAACAAUGUUAUGACACUAGCUUGAACGCAGUUGUUUGUAUGAUUUGAAGUUUGACUAUUCUAAAUAUAUAAUAAAUACGAAAGGUUCACGACUUGAGGUUAAUAAAAAGAGAUCGAAAGAAAUAAAAAAAAUAGUUGAUAAUCAAAUAUUAAAACUCGGAUUUAAUUGAAUUUACACAAAUUGAAAAAAAAUAACCCUGGGAAUAUAAACUUAAUAGAAUAUUCGGUAAUUGCUACACUAAGACUUGUGUAAUAAUUUCGGUAAUACAUAUUUAAAAAUUGUUUAUUCAUUAAUAAAUUGUACCCAAGAUUACUGCCGUUCUACCGAUGGUUGUCCCAUGUUCUACACAAACCUUGUGCACGCUGGGAUAACCAUGCAUAGAACGGCAGAUUAAAGUGUACUCAAAUAUUCUUUAGUCAACCAUAUCCAACCUACCAUAUUUUUAA